AUGCACACGACGCAGGAUAUCUUCCAGUCCCGCUUACCCCUCAAGUCCAGCGGCGACAGCGACUUUGGUCUUCUAUACAGCAUAGACGAGGAGCUGGCCACGUACGGGUGGUUGACGGAUACGGGUGUUAUCAUUAGUGGUUGUUGUGGAUUUGGAUCUGGCGGUGGCUUGGAGGUUAUGGAUGGGGAGUUGAAGGGGGUGAGCUUUGCUUGUUUGGUGGAGGGGAGUGGAGGAGGAGGUAAUGAAGGGUGGGUGGAAGUAGGUUUUUAGAGCUUUUGCAGAUGGCGUGUAUUCGGCUUGUUUGGGAUCCGUUUUCCAAAUUGGGUCCUGGCGGGGCUGGUGGGUGGAUGGCUACCAAUAAGGCCUUCAUGGAGGAUGUUAGAGGGGUUGGCAAAGGGUGGGUCCUGGAUCCGGGAGCAGGAGGGGCUGUUGUUUGA